AUGGCAGUCCGCGCGCAAUUUGAAAACUCCAACGAAGUCGGCGUCUUUGCCCGCCUGACCAACUCAUAUGCGAUUGUCGCCAUCGGCGCUUCAGAGAACUUCUACAGUGUAUUCGAGGCGGAACUCCAGGAUGUCAUCCCCAUCUGUCAUGCUACUAUUGCCGGCACCCGGAUCGUCGGUCGUCUAACAGCGGGUAACCGUAAAGGCCUUCUCGUCCCCACAACGACAACAGACCAGGAACUGCAACAUCUGCGGAAUACGCUGCCAGACGAUGUGAAGAUCCAACGGAUAGAGGAGCGGCUCUCGGCGCUGGGUAAUGUCAUCUGCUGCAAUGACCAUGUAGCAUUGGUGCAUCCGGAUCUUGAGCGGGAAACAGAGGAAAUAAUCGCAGACGUCCUCGGCGUCGAAGUCUUCCGGCAAACCAUCGCCGAUAACGUGCUGACGGGCUCGUACAUGGCCCUCUCCAACCAGGGCGGUAUCGUCCACCCCAAAACCUCCGUCCGGGAUCAGGAUGAGCUCUCCUCCCUACUCCAGGUGCCCCUCGUCGCGGGCAGUGUCAACCGCGGCAGCCCUGUCGUCGGCGCCGGCAUGGUCGUUAACGACUGGCUGGCCGUCACCGGUCUCGACACCACCGCGACCGAGUUGAGUGUGGUCGAGUCUGUCUUCCGGCUGGGCGAGAUGGGUCCUCGCGGUCUGGGGAUGGGCAAUGUCAACAAGGAGAGUAUCGUGGAGAGUUUCUACUAA